UUAUGAUUAUUUAUAGGUACAUAGGUAUAUAAUUUAAGGUAAGAGAGAAGAGAAAGUCAUGUUAAUGGAAAUUAAAUGGUAAUGGUCCUUUUCAGGAACAACAUUGUCUUCUCUUCUCUUCUCUUCCUUCCCCUUUUUGUUGAUUUUCCUUCUCCGCUUUUCUUCCCCUUCAGAGAACCAAAACAGCACAAACACACUUCAAAUCCGUUCUUCUGAGUUCACGAAUUCUCCUCAGAUUCUGAAAAAGAAAAAGCACCCACCAUUCCUUUAGUUCAAAACUUCAGAUCUCAACUUCUGGGUGCUCUGAUUAUGCAAAAAUGAAUAUGGCAGAUAUAAUAUCUUGCUUCAAUGAGAACGCAGUGAAUGUGUCACACUCAUCGUGUUCUAGCUACUCAAACAACGCCUGCAUAUCUCCCAGUGUUACACCUUCAACGCAGAACUCGGUGACCUCUGUCUACAAAACCACCCUCUCCAACCAAAAGCAGGUUCUGAUCACGGUCACGUGGUGCAAGAGCCACUCCAACCAAGGACUCACCAUAACCUUCGGCGAAGAGAACCCUUUGGAACCAUCUUUCAGGCUCAACACAAAUUCGCGGUUGUUAAGGAAAAAGAAGGGAAGCAAGGUCCUAGAAUCCCAAGACUCCAAGGUUGAAGUCUUCUGGGACCUGUCGAAGGCCAAGUACGACACUGGUCCCGAACCUGUUGAAGGGUUUUACGUGGCGAUUCUGGUUGAUGCAGAGAUAGGACUCGUUCUUGGAGAAGAAGAUGUGGUGAAGAAGUUCAAAACGAGAACCCUUUUGGCCAAGGUUUCGCUUUUGUCACGGCGUGAACAUUGCUCCGGCAACGCCGUUUACGCCACCAAGGCUCAGUUCUGUGACAGCGGAACCUGGCAUGACAUUUUGAUCCGAUGCAGUGGGGAGAAUGAGGGCCUGAAAGCUCCUGUUUUGUCCGUUUGCAUUGACAAGAAAACGGUGAUCCGUGUGAAGAGGCUGCAGUGGAAUUUCAGGGGCAACCAAACGAUUUUUGUUGAUGGGUUGCUGGUGGAUUUGCUUUGGGAUGUUCAUAACUGGUUUUUCAACCCUGCUUCUGGUUAUGCAGUGUUCAUGUUCAGGACCAGAAGUGGCUUGGAUAGCAGAUUGUGGUUAGAGGAAAAGAUUGCACAGAAAGACAAAGACAGAGUUGAAUUCUCCUUGUUGAUCUAUGCAUGUAAGACCACAUGAGGAUAACAUCUUUCACACCACACAAUCUUGUUCGAGUAUUCAACACAACUGUAUACUAAGAAUUCAAUCUCGUACUCAGCAGACUACUUCUUGUUAAGAUAAGGAACAUGUUCCUUUUUAAUUUUUUUUAACAUCUUUUUCAUUUCUUGUGUAUUUUUUCUUUUUUUCAAUUCUUGCUUUGACUCUUUGUUUUUUCUUUCCCCUUGCUUGUUGAAGGGAUACAUACUAAUUAUUUUUUAUCAUAGGAAACAGAACGAAAAUAAAUUUGAGUUGCAGAA